ACGGUGAUCGUUGUCAGGACUUUCGUUAAUCUAUUGAUCGCCGAUGUCUUCCUGAGGCUUCUUUUUUGUAAUAAAAAGAUUCCCGUUCGUGUGAUACAGAUUUAUACUUAGACAAGUGAAUUCAUAAUGUGGACAUUGUGGACUAUCAUAUUAGUAUUCAUCGGUUUGCUAUGUACAUUAAUACCGUCGACGCAUUCUCAAGAUACGUGCCGAAAUCCGCAAGGACAACUUGGUACAUGCAUCAAUAUCAGAUCGUGUACAUUGUUACUCAAUCUCCUGAAAUCAAAUUCACAAAAUCCGGAAGUAGGCAAUUUUCUCCGUGCUUCUGUUUGCGGUUAUGAAGGUAGUGAUCCUAGGGUUUGCUGUCCAUCCAACAUCAAUGGCGGAAAUACAGGUGAUACGGGCAACGGCUUGCAAGGCAAUCAAGACCAUGAAGAAAUUACGAACACUCAAUAUGGUCCUUUGUAUCCACCUUACUGUGGAUACAGUAAUGCUACGUUAAAUAAAAUUGUUAGAGGCGUUCCAGCUGAAUUAGGUGCUUGGCCUUGGAUCACCGCUCUCGGAUACAGAAACUCAAAAAAUCCAAACGUUCCAAAAUGGCUUUGUGGCGGUGCUUUAAUUUCCAGUCGACACGUACUUACCGCCGGCCAUUGCGUUUAUAGACGGGCGGAUUUGUACAAAGUACGUAUUGGAGACUUGGAUCUUAAUAACGACAACGACGGGGCGACCCCGUUUGAAGAUUUCAUUGAAAGAAGAACAGUACAUCCCGAGUACAAUCCUACGACUUACACGAACGAUGUGGCAGUUUUGAAAACGACCCAAGAAGUACCCUUUACGCGACUACUUCAUCCCAUUUGUCUUCCGGUGGACGAUUUUAUGAGAAAUAAAAAUUUAGAGACGACAUAUCCUCUUGUUGCUGGUUGGGGAUCAACUUAUUUCCACGGACCAACGAGCAGUCACCUUUUGCAAAUACAAGUUCCUAUACGUACACAGGAACAAUGUAAAAAAUCAUUUCAGAAUUUUCCGACAACAGUGAUUGACAACCGCGUUUUAUGCGCUGGAUAUGCUCGAGGUGGAAAAGAUGCUUGCCAGGGUGACAGUGGUGGACCAAUGAUGUCUCCUGAUUCUCGAAAUCAACAAACAUUUUAUAUCGUUGGAGUAGUAUCAUAUGGUUUCAAAUGCGCUGAGCCAGGUUUCCCAGGUGUAUAUACAAGAGUUACGACUUUCCUAGAUUUCAUCACAAGUCAAUUGGUAUAG